AUUAACCCAUCCCUUCGCCACACAAAACCGGAGAGGACCGAUCAUUUCCUGUUUUCAACGAUGACUAGGGCGAUGGCCAUGAACUUGACGCUAACGUUCUACUGCGUGGCCAUCGUGUCUGUUGCCCUCUCCUGCUUGUAUUCGACGCUUGCGUUCGUCCCGGCACCGAGGUCUUCGCCCUGGUUUCCGCCGUUACCAUUCCACCUCUACGGAAACGUCGGGGAUGGUACCGGAACCUAUUCCGAAUCGUCCGUGCUGUCGCGAUUGGAGGCGCUGGAGGGUAGAGUGGAGUCGUUGGAACGGAGAAUCAUGCAAAGCGGUGGUGGUAGGGACCGUAGGAAUCACAAAGCCGCGGCUGUGGCUAGGCACACGACAAGAAAAUCCGUAGCAACACAAGGGAGAAGAAUCGAAGAAAUAACUCCAACCUUUCGAGAUUAUAUCCAAGAGGGAACCCCCGGCUACACGAAUCCAUUUCUCUCUAUGGGUUCCAAAAGUAGGAAUGGCGACGACGAUAGAGAAAUAAAGUUUGUUACAAUUCAAGGCUCGUUUUAACACAAUUCCAGAAUUAUCGGUGAUAAUUACAGCACUAUAGGAUACACGACAUGAUUCCAAGGAACCCUUAAUCUUCGACAUCAUUACUUGUUCCUUUCCGACAUUUUCCUAUUUCAUUUUCGUUGAACAAGGAGAAUUGCAAUCCGCCAAACAACCUGGUGUGCCAAAUCUAUGCAUUAUUUUUUCUAAUAUUUGUGGCCAUAUUUGUUUUUACUUCUGUGAGAUUAUUGUAGCUGAUUAUAUAAUCUCUCUUCUCUCUCUCUCCGUCAUAAUGUACUAAUACACGUGACCAUAGUGC